AUGGCCCAGCCAAACCUUACCCUCAACGAUAUUGCGGAAAGAGUCUCAGAUCUCACUCGUCAGUUCAGUCAAGUACUCGCCAAUGACGGUAUCCAGCAGCCUACCCUCAGUCCAGAUAGCCCUACUAGAUAUAGCGACCUCACGGGGGAGACGCUCGUACUCCGACAACAUCUCAUUGACUCCAUCAACGACCUAUCGGUCCUCGUUCAGGGACCUAGUGAGAGCAUCGUCAACUAUUGCCAUAAUGUUAUGCCCGAUCAAGCCUGUUUGAGCAUUCUGAAUCACUUCCACUUUUGGUUUGCUGUGCCUUUAGAUCAUUCGGCCUCAUACGAGGAGAUUUCCAAGUACACAAAGCUUCCCAUCGAGGUCGUUCGUCGAGUACUAGAGCACGCUGUGACGUUGCGCCUGUUUUCUAAGGCAGGCCCCAGGGGUGUCAAGCACACCAGUCGCUCGGCAGCGCUGACCAAGGAAUCUGGGCUUCGGGCUGCAGUGACGACACUAUUGGAAGAGGUUGGACCUCCUAUGACCAUCAUGAAUCAGACACUGCGCCUUCAUGCCUUUGACAAGUCUGAACUUUCAUCUGGUAUGGAUGUAACCGCCUUCUCUCUUCUCCACAGCGGUACCCUUUUCGGCGGCAAAAAGUACACCAGCCCCUGGGACUUCAUCGAGAAUGACGGAGAGGGUGAGAGCAAGGGCUGGAGACAGAGAAGCUUUGCCGACUUUAUGAGCUACAUCAAAGACGUCUUCCAUUUUGAGGAUGUCGUCCAAGCUGUGUACGACUGGCAAGGUGCAGGCGAGAUCAAGGUGGUUGAUCUUGGUGGAUCCGGUGGACAUGACAGCGUCGCCUUGGCGAGAAAAUUCCCCAAUCUGAACAUCACUGUGCAAGACCUUCCCGAGGCUCGCCUGGCCUUUGAUGCGAACACACCCGCCGAACUCAAGGACCGCGUCACGUUCAUGGCCCACAACUUUUUCGAACCCCAGCCAGUCCAGGCUGACAUCUACCUUAUCAAGCUGACUCUUCACGACUGGCCCGAUGCCGAAUGUCUCAAAAUUCUCCGAGCUCUCGUUCCCAGUAUGCGAAAAGGCGCUAAAAUCUUGUUUGUGGACUACGUCAGCAAACAGGAGACUCCCGACGACCUUCCUCUCUCCAUUCAACAGAUGGGCACGUCAACCGACUUGAGGAUGCUAGCAAUGUUCAAUACGGAAGAGAGACUUGUCAAGACCUGGACUGGUCUUUUCGAAGCCGUUGAUGACCGUCUCGCCAUUAUAAGGGUUGACGCUAACCCAUUAGGAUUCUACGCUGUAAUCGAAGCCGAAUGGCAGGAGUGA